GUUCAUUGUCCUCUUAAGAACCCAGGGAAAGGACUAUACCUUAUUGUUACUAGCUGCGCUCCAGUUAUUGGGUGCCUAAUACGAGUCUGGGGGAUUGUUAUUGAUCUUGGUCUGAGUCAUCCAGCAGCUUAUGCAAUCUUGCGCAAAACUGUCCUCCAGGUCACUGGAGGUAUGAUCUAGCUGCAACAUCAUCGGUAAGAUUUAUAUUACCAUAAGACCUUGUUUGCUACCAGGAUGGCCUCCACGAAUGAGAUUACAAAGUCGUCUCAAAUGCCACCUGGUGUCGAAGUCGUUUCAACCCGGCCGCAAAAGUUGAUUGAAAUCGUGGAGCCAGACCCAACCUGGCCGGAGUCGUUUGCGAAUAUUGCACGCCGGAUUGCUGAUGCCCUUGGUAACCGACUUCUCUCUAUUGAGCACGUCGGGUCAACCAGCGUGCCUGGAUUACCCGCCAAAGCGGUUAUCGAUGUUGACGUCGUCGUAGCUGAUCCCACGGCGGAAGACUCCUACGUGCCGGCCCUUGAGACUGCGGGGUUUCAAUUCUUGCUUCGCGAACCUGGCUGGCAUGAGCAUCGCCUUUUCGGUUUCAAUGACCCAUACGCGAAUAUCCAUAUAUUUAGUCCGAAUAGCGCGGAACUUAUUCGCCAUCGGCUGUUCCGUGACUGGUUGCGAAACCAUGAGGACGACCGCCGAAGCUAUGCAGACGUCAAACGGCAGGCAGCUGCCGCUAGUCGGUUGGCCGGGGAAACUGUGAUGGAGUACAAUGCCCGCAAGGAAUUUGUGAUACUUGAUAUCCUUCAGAAAGUCUUCAAGGAGCAUGAGUACGUGAACGAGUAGCCUCCGAGAUACAGCAUUAGUUGGCUCGGAGUUUCACUGUCGAGAGCCAUGAGCCAUGAGGUUGAUGGGAGCACACAUCGGCUUUUCGGCCUCGUUUGGGUACACAUAUUCGUGUAUAUCGAAGAUCAGGAAAUAUCAUUUUAUUAAAAAUCGCGUAAGGGUAAUGUCUAACCGGGGAAAUAGGCAAAUUGAGAUGUAUAUCUAA